AUGUCAUUGGAAAGUCAUUCCCAACAGGCAAAGGAACAUGUUAAAGACAUCAUCCCUCAAUUACUUCAAUUGGUAGCUGAAACAGAUCCUAUACUUCAUAGUCCAAUAGAAGAAAUGUCAUUAACAGACAUUUCCAGUGAUGCAACAAAACAAAUUGUAGCAAAUAUGGUUUAUUCAAUUCGACCACAACAGUUACAACGUGCAAAUGCUCCAUAUAGCAAAGCAGCAGGCAUGGCCGCAAAUCAAUGGAAUAUAAAUAAGAGAAUAUUUCUCUUUUGUCCAACUGGUAGUGAUGGAGAAAUAAAGGUUAUAUUUAAUCCAACUUAUAAACCAAUUACACUAUCUCAAGAUUCUAUAAACGCAUUGGAGGCAGUAACUUCUGAUCCAACGACAGACUUUUGCAGAGAAGGUUGCUUUAGUGUUUUAUAUGCAUAUGGAAUGGUAGAACGAUAUAUGGACAUUGAUAUUAGUUAUGUUGAUGAUAAAGGUAUGCAGCAUUUGAAUGAGAAAUUAUCGGGUUGGCAAGCUAGAGUAUGGCAACAUGAAACAGAUCAUUUAAAUGGAAUAUUAUAUUCAAACAAACAAUCAGGAAUUAGCAAAGGACCAAACUGCACCGAAUUACAUAGAUUUCAAAACAAAGACGAAUUUGAAAAAAAUUAUCCGAAAUAG